CUAUAGUAAUCUAAAUAAGAACAUGUCCUACCAGUAGAAGGAAGGAGGAAAAAAAAAAAAAAAUUAUAGAGGAAAGGGCGUUUAGCGGAGAAUGUUAGUAUCUGAAGUUUGUUUGUACACAUUGGCUCGUGGUUGUGUACGUUUCUGCAAGCUGGUGACUCGAAAUACUCAACAGACGUAAUAUGUUUUUCGUGUGAAAACUAAACAUCUGCUUUUGUUACUACAAUCGUAUUUAAGCCAUCUUAACUAAUUUUGGAGACAUAAUAAUAUGGGGGUAAUUAGAAAAUCAUCCAAUAUCUCUAAUCCGUAUCCUGAUUCCAUUGAGGAUGUUUUGGAUGAAAUUGAAAAUGCAGAACAAAAUAACAAUCAAGAACUUGAAGUCAGACGUCCUCGAAAAAUUAAGCAUCGUUCUGCCAGACCACAUGUUGUAGGCAGCAUCAGUAGUACUAGCGGAAAGAGUGGAAAAAAGAAAAAACGAGUGGAAAAUUCUAACUACUUGUUGUCUUUGGCGGACCCUGAUGAAGCCCAGGAACUUUCUAUCCAAGAUUUCAUUCCACAAACAGUGUCUGUAUUUACCCAGUUCUUCAUCCAUAGAGACAAUAUAGAGAUUUGGAGUGAAUUUAUAAACUGUACAAAAGAUAACGAAGAUUGGUUUCAGAAAAAUGUUAUUGUAGAAGACACUGAAGUUGCUGAUGCUCAUGAUGACAGUCAUGAUGGUCGUAAUGAACAUCCUGCAUAUACUGCAGCAGAAUGCUUCCGAAAGAUAGAUGGUGAUCUUCGAUAUAUGUUUAAAAAGAGGCAUAUCCCUAUGGGCACUUUGAUACAUUUGGAAAAUGAACUGGUAACAUUUUUUGUCAACCGUCCAGAGUCAAUAUAUCACUGCCAGAUUCCAAGCAGUUUCGAGAGGCUUAUGGUUCAUGCUCUCAGCCAGUACCUGGAUUUAUCUUCACUAAGUUAUAACAGGAAUGGUUCCAGAUGGACAAGAGUGAGAAACAAAAAGUCUUAUUUUUACCUUCCACCUAUUCUCCUGUCGUCAUAUUUGGAAAGACGAUCAAAUCACACUAUUCAUUAGUUGAAUUUUAUAUUUGUGUUUUUGAUUUUAGUGAUAUGACGUUUGCUCCUAGAUUCUGCACAAAGACAUUAUUGUACAUAUAUUUAUACGAAAGUUCUUUUCCAUAUUGUAAAAUAUUAUAUAAUUUUUAAAGUUAGUAUUUUAAAAUUUGUUAUUGCUAGCAUGCUUGCUUUUAAAGAUUUUCAUGUACCACAUGUAGAAGGCAAUUCAAGAAAAUUAUACUUUUGUAUAAACUUACCUUUCUUAAAUUGAUAUAAAAUAUUAGUCAUUAUUGUUCAGAAAUAGGAGUGUUUAAUACAAGUUGUAUUCUGUGAAAUGCAUUCUCCAUAGUACUCACAGAAUUAGACAAAGUUAUGGCUUAUAGCAAUGUUUUUAUAUAUGUCUGAAUUUUGUAAACAGCAUUAAAUAUUAAUGCUGUUAAUUUAAAACCAGAAAUUUUAAUUCAUUUCGUAAAUCAUAUUUGCACAUGUAUGAGUUUUGAAUGCCUGUAAAAUUAUAAUUUUUAUCGGUAACAAAUAUCUGCAGAAUUCUAAAUUAUUCCAAAUUUCUGAAUAUCUAACCAGUACAUUGUAUUUUGCAAUCUUGAUUAAUUGAUUAGAUUGAAAUAUUGUUUAUGUAUUAAAAUGUAUAAUUCCAUUAUGGAUUUUUCUUUCAUUGAAAAAAAUUCUGCCUAAUUCAGCAUUUACUAGUCCACUUUUAAAUAAUUAUUCAAGAAAUAAAACAGUAUUUCCCCA